GAGAAACCGUUUGCUAUCUUUUGUUAUUUAUUCGCCUUCCGACGUUAGAUGGAUUUUAGUACAACUACCCCACUGAGAAAGUUGUCCGGGAAAAACGACUGCAUGGGAUUCGUCCAGCUGCGGGGGCGCCAGAAAUCUCGCACUUGUUUUUCGCAGACGACAAUAUUUUUUUCGGGCGAGCCACUGUGUAGGAGUGUGAUACGUUGAAAAGAAUUUUGGCAGAUUACGAACGCGAGUCCGGGCAACUGGUUAGCUUCUAGAAAUCGGAAGUCUCGUUCAGCAAGAAGGUAACCCCUCAUACUAAGUUUAUUGUGGCUGGAACCCUGGGGAUGACGAUUGUUGAGAAGCAUAAAAAGUAUCUUGGCCUUGCUACCACAGUUGGCAGAUCGAAGAAGGAAAUCUUUGCAGGACUAGUUGAUCGGGUUAGGAAGAAGUUGAAGGGUUGGAAAGAGCGAGUGAUGUAUGUUGCAGCAAGAGAAGUUCUGAUCAAAUCAGUUGCCCAAGCACAAAUGUCAUACGCUAUGUCAGUUUUCAAAAUUCCGGAUGGAAUUAUUGACCAGGUAUAUAGUCUGAUCACUACAUUCUGGUGGGGACAACGGGGUUCUGAGAGGCGCUUUCACUGGAUUAAGAGGGAGGAGCUAGCAUGCCCAAAGUUGAAGGGAGGUAAGGGUUUUCGUGACUUGACGGGGUUCAAUAUGGCGCUCCUAGGCAAGCAACUAUGGAAUCUUUACCAGAGGCCAUACUCGCUUAUUGCGCAGAUACUCAGGGCCAAAUAUCAUAAGCAUUCGACCAUCCUUGAGGCGAACGUGGGCUAUAACCCGAGCUAUGUUUGGCGUAGCUUGAUGUCGGCACAGGAUUUCAUCCAUAGGGGCACAAGGUGGAGGAUUGGAAAUGGCGAUCAGGUUCGCAUUUGGGGAGACAAAUGGCUGUCGAACAGUGCUGAGGGUUUUAUCCCAUCACCGCCAAAGGGUUUGCCUGUGGAAUCCCGAGUUAGCGAGCUUAUAGACACAAUUACAGAAGGGUGGGACCCUUUAGUGCUGGACCAAUGUUUCCCCAACGAUCUAAUUCAGACUAUUCUGCAGAUCCCUUUGCGCGGUUUACAAGAAAGGACAGACUCAUUUGGAGUGGAAGUGUGAACGGCAACUACUCGAUUCAGGAAGGAUAUCGUUUUUGGCUUGAGGAGUGUAAGGCAGAGCUAGGAAUUUUUCCGGUGGGCGAGGAGGCUCUUUGGAAAAAACUUUGGGCGAUGGC